AUGAAAAGCCCACAAACCCAAAACCUCCGAGCGCCGGCCUCCCACAAACCCCAGACCCUCUCCGCCUCGCCAGCCGCCGGCAAUGGAGAAGAGACUGCGACGGCUGCGGCGGAAUCCCAUGUAACCAGCGAUCUCAUCAGCGGCCUUCCCGAUGAUAUCCUCGGCGCCAUCAUCUCCAUCCUCCCCACCAAGGACGGCGGCCGCACGCAGGCCCUCUCCCGCCGAUGGCGCCACCUCUGGCGCUCGGCGCCGCUCAACCUCACGGUCUGCUCCCAAAGCUUCAUCUUCCCCAACUUCAUCCUUCCCUCCGCUGUCUCCAAGAUAAUCGCUGAGCAUCCUGGUCCCGCCCGCAGAUUCUUUUUCCUCGGAUUCAGGGACCUCUACUCCGAGCUGGAGAGCUGGUUCCACUCCCGAGCCCUCGCCAACCUCCAGGAGCUUACUAUCCGAUGCUUCAAGCCACCCGCGUCCAGCCACCUGCUGCUACCAACCCUACUCCGCUCCGCGUCCACUCUCCUUUCUGUCACCAUCAGCCAUAUCAAUUUCCCCGAUCAGAUCACGCCGUCCAUGCGUUUCCCUCUCCUCAAGCAGCUCUCCUUGCUUAGCCUUUCCAUCUCCGGGGGCGUCUUCCAUGACUUAAUCUCUGGCUGCCAUGCCUUGGAGAGCUUAUUCGUGUCGGAAGUUCGUGCUGAGGAUUGCCUCCGUGUUAGUUCCACGACUCUUCGUAGCAUUGGUUUAGAGGGAAAGUAUUAUGGGAAAACGGAAUUGGUCAUUGAGGACGCUCCUCGCCUUGAAAGGCUAUUAUUGCCUCCCAGAGAUGGUUGUCGGACUAUCCGGAUAAUGAGGGCGCCUAAACUAGAGGUAUUAGGCCCUUUCUCACGUGAUUUCUCCAAAAUUCAGGUUUUCAAGGUACCAACAGCCAAAAUCCAGCAUUCCCACACACAGAUAAUUUAUGUUUUAAUGUUCAUUUUUUCUUUAUCAGGGACUGAGCCCAGUUAG